UCUGGGGAGAGCAGAGUCGGUUGAGUCGCAGCGUUUGGUCAGUUGCACCUUCUGGGUCGCUGGUAGCCGCGGGAGCCGGGUGGGGCCUAGGCGAUGAUCCGGCAUUAACGAGCUGGGGUCGUCCUCCGUGUCAGGUGGCUUGGGGAAAGUGUAGAAGCAACCAAAGAUCAUCUGCUUGACGAGGCCCUUUGCCCUGAACCUCAUGAAGAAAUGAUAGGAGGCAGACAUAUGUGCCUAAGAAGAGCGUUGAGCUCAGAGAAGAGCAACUCGGAGUUUUGGGGGUGUGCUUUCAUUUGUGUACAUCAAUGGCAGAAUCUUCGAGCGAAUCCGAUCACUUCCGCUAUCGUGACCGAUUGAGUGCAUGGGCUGCCAGAUCAACUCACAGGGGAACUCGAAGUCUUCCUACAGUAGAAGUUACUGAGAAGGUCAACACUAUAACAAGUACUUUACAGGAUACCAGUCGGAAUCUGCGACAAGUGGACCAGAUGCUUGGACGAUACCGAGAAUACAGUAAUGGACAGGCGGGCGCUAUAGAACAUUUAAAAGAAAGCUUGGAACAAUCAAUCGACCAACUGCGGAGUCAACGUUUAUUGAGAAACUCAGGAGGGAGAAGUGUUUCUGUUACAAGUUUGAGUGCAAGUGACCUUGAUGGUGGCACUGGGCCAGAGAGCCAUCGUUUUCCACCUACCUCACCUCUCAAGGACUAUGGAGAUACACAGGGUAUUAAACGAAUGAGAGCCAGAGCUGGUGUCCGGUUUGUUCAAGAGACUGAUGAAAUGGCUCAGCUUCAUGCUUUUCAUCAGUCUCUUCGAGACCUCAGCAGUGAACAGAUUCGCCUUGGAGAUGAUUUCAACAGGGAGCUUUCCAGAAGGAGCCGGUCGGAUGCUGAAACAAAAAGGGCCUUGGAAGAAUUGACUGAAAAACUUAAUGAAGCCCAGAAACAAGAAGUGGUUUCAGAUCGGGUGGAGCGGCGGCUUCAGGAACUAGAGAGAGAGAUGCGUACAGAAAGGGAGUUGGUGGAAAGACGCCAGGAUCAACUGGGACUCAUGUCCCUGCAGCUACAGGAGGCAUUGAAGAAACAAGAAGCUAAAGCAGAUGAGAAUGAAGGGGCCAUAAAAAAUAAGCUAAGACAAACUGAAACUGAGAAGAAUCAACUUGAACAGGAAUUGGAGUUAUCUCGAAGGUUAUUGAACCAAUCAGAAGGCAACAGAGAAACACUUUUGUAUCAGGUAGAAGAACUGCGUACACAACUUACGAAAGCAGAGGGUGAUCGAAAAGGUUUACAGAAUCAAGUAUCUCAGAUUUCCAAGCAACAGUCAAACUAUCAGGAUGAACAAGGGGAGGACUGGAGGUUUAGGAGAGGGGUUGAGCGGGAAAAACAGGAUCUGGAGAAGCAGAUGUCAGAUUUGAGAGUGCAGCUGAACUUCAGUGCAAUGGCGUCUGAGUUAGAGGAAGUGAAACGGAGCAUGGAGCGAAAAGACAGGGAGAAAGCACAUCUGGCAGCACAAGUAGAGAAUUUAACACGUGAACUGGAGAAUGGGGAAAAACAGCAACUGCAGAUGUUGGAUCGACUUAAGGAGAUCCAGAAACACUUUGACACAUGUGAGGCUGAGCGCAAGCAUGCUGACCUUCAGAUCUCAGAGCUGACUCGCCAUGCAGAGGAUGCAACCAAGCAGGCUGAGCAGUACCUCAGUGAGCUCCAGCAGUCAGAGGCCCUGAGAGAGGAGGCGGAGAAGAGGAGGGAAGACCUGAAACUGAAAGCUCAAGAAUCCAUUAGGCAGUGGAAGCUUAAACACAAGAAGUUAGAGCGAGCAUUGGAGAAACAAUCCGAAACUGCUGAUGAACUGACAGACAAGAAUAACCAGAUUUUGAAAGAAAAGGAUGAAUUGAAAAGCCAACUGUACGCAGCAUUACAACAAAUAGAGAAUCUUCGAAAGGAAUUGAAUGGUGUCCUAACGAAGCGUGCCCUUCAGGAGGAGGAGCUUCACUCUAAGGAGGAGAAACUAAGUGCUAUUAAGGCUCAUCAAGCUGACCUUGAGUUGGAAGUCAAGAAUUCGCUGGACACCAUCCAUAGACUAGAAAGUGAACUGAAAAAGCAGAGUAAGAUCCAAAGCCAGAUGAAAGCUGAGAAAGCUCAUUUGGAGGAAGAAAUUGCAGAGCUCAAGAAGAGCCAGGCCCAGGACAAAGCUAAGCUUCUUGAGAUGCAAGAGUCCAUCAAGGACCUGAGUGCCAUCCGAGCAGAUCUCGCUAAUAAAUUGGCUGAGGAAGAGAGAGCCAAGAAAGCAGUGCUUAAGAACCUUUCUGACCUCACUGCACAGGCGAAAUCCAGGGAUGAAGAGACAGAUACCAUCAUCACACAGUUAAAGCUGGAACGAGACGUGCACCAGAGGGAGCUGAAAGAUCUCACAUCAUCGUUGCAGAGUGUGAAAACGAAGCAUGAACAAAAUAUCCAGGAGCUGAUGAAGCACUUUAAGAAAGAAAAGAGUGAGGCUGAGAAUCAUAUCAGGACAUUGAAGGCUGAAAGUUUAGAAGAGAAGAAUAUGGCUAAAGUUCAUCGUUGUCAGCUGGAGAAGUUGAAAUCACAGUGUGACAGACUGGCAGAGGAAUUAACCCAGAAUGAAAAUGAGAACAAAAAACUGAAGCUAAAAUACCAGUGUUUGAAGGAUCAACUAGAAGAAAGGGAAAAACAUAUAAGCUUUGAAGAAGAGCACUUAAGGAGGAUCGAAGAGGCCAGAUUGCAGCUCAAGGAUCAACUUCUUUGCUUGGAGACUGAACAGGAAUCCAUUCUUGGUGUGAUAGGAAAGGAAAUUGAUGCAGCUUGUAAAACAUUCUCCAAGGACUCUAUGGAAAAAUUAAAAGUUUUUUCAUCUGGUCCUGAUAUACAUUAUGACCCACAUCGCUGGUUAGCAGAAAGCAAGACUAAACUUCAGUGGCUCUGUGAGGAACUGAAAGAAAGAGAAAACAGAGAGAAAAAUCUGCGACACCAGCUGACGCUCUGCAGACAACAACUCAGGAAUUUGACUGAAAACAAGGAAUCUGAGCUGCAGUGUCUGUUUCAACAGAUAGAAAGGCAGGAGCAGCUUCUGGAUGAAAUACAUCGGGAGAAGAGAGAUCUACUAGAAGAGACCCAAAGAAAAGAUGAAGAAAUGGAAUCUCUGCAGGACCGUGUAAUUGCAUUAGAAACGAGUACCCGAGUGGCCUUGGACCAUCUGGAGUCUGUGCCCGAGAAACUGAGCCUACUAGAAGAUUUCAAAGACUUCAGAGAUUCCUGCAGUUCAUCUGAGAGAAUUGAUGGAAGAUAUUCUAAAUACAGUGUUCGCAGAAAUGCUCUUCAGCAUCACCGAGAUGACACCAAGUACAGAACCAAAAGUUUCAAAGAUGACAGAAUCUUUCCGGAAGGUUCCCACGCUCAUGGGUUAGAUCACUCAUCGUCUUGGCAGGAUCACAGUCGCUUCCUGUCUAGUCCAAGAUUUUCAUACUUGAACUCAUUUACCAAAAGAACUGUUGCUCCAGAUUCAGCUUCAAUCAAGGAAGAUGCCACAAUGAAUGAAACAAGUUCACAACCCAAAAAAGAGGAAUAUGAGAACUAAAAAAGCAAAUAGGGCGUUUUAAAUAGCAUUUCCAGGAAAAGAAGACUGGAAGUCUGCUUGCUGUCAACCACACUACACUGCUUAAAUCUCAUGCAGCUUUGAAGAUGCAUCAGGUUUUUCUAUGCGUAUCUUCUCUGUAACCGAAAAGACAGAACAAAGAGCAGCCCGGUGGGGUUAGAUGCUGGGGGAUUAAGCAAUAACUCACUCCAUUUUCUGUUUCUACACUCCAGCCACUGCCAAGUGAUUUUUAAAAAAUUUAAAUCCUUUUCUGUCCUAACAAAUACAGGGUAUACUCUACCAAAAGAGUGCUCUGCUAGUAAAAAGUGGUUUUUGAGUCAAGUAGAAAAAAGAGGGGGAAAAAAACAUGGGUGUCAGAUAAAGCUGAAGUGUCCAGGAAGAGAGGGAGGAAUGGGGAGCUUUUCUUUCAAGUGUCCUAUUAAAAUGUGUGAGUGGAAGUGAGGGUGGAUUUCAUGAGUAAAUAUGGAAUUGUGCCACCAAAUUCUUUCCUCCAGAGCUAAUAUUCUCAUGGGAUAUUAAUAUUAAUACAAGGAAAAAGGCCCUGGGUGAAGAAAAAUUCUUUUCCCCUUCAGGGGCAGAGUUCUCUCAGGAUGACAGUGAAGUUAAAGAGUUCCAGAAAGUGCUAGUAGAGCUUUGAGCAUGCUAUCAUUAGCAGAGAGAAAAACAGACUACAACAGGAUUCAUUUUGGAAAGUAAAGAAAAAGGAACCCAGUAAAACCUAAAGCCUAGGCAAGGACCUUUUCCCUGCCUUAGAACUUGCUAAGCUUUCCAUAGUGUGUGGGCCUUUUAGUUAUACUCAUUAUUCUGGCCUAAUUCAGGUCACCAAAAUAGAAAUGCAUGGGACAAGUGACUGACAUGACCACAUUGUGGUUUAGAUAUAUUGAUAACACAGGAAGGUGCUUUACAUUUUAUAAAUGUGAUCAUAAUUCUUUUAUUUACAGUUUAUCUGAAUCGUUCUUUUGGGACAUGUUAAAAGAGCAAGAUAAAAACAUGGAACUUUUUCCUCAAGCGACUUAGUGGAUAACUAAAUGUCCAGUUUCAAAAACUUGUACUUUUGAAAUACUUUUAUACUUAUAAAAGCCCAAAGAAAAUAUGGGCCACGUAACUAUAAUGUAAUUUUUCCAAGGUAGGAAAGGAAAUUAAUUACAAAAUACUGUACUAUUAGAAUAUAUGGAUUUUCAUAAGAGCAGCUGUUAUUUCACUGUUUACAUUAUUUUAGGUCCUAGUUUUCUGUUGUGGAGGUGUGUUAAUGAGUUCCUUGUUUAAUUUAUUCCCAUUCUCUAUAUUUCUGAUUCUUAAUUGUAUAAUGUGGCUUAUAUUCAUUUUUUUGACAUGAUAGGAAUGCCAGCAAUGUGCCUUUCAUUUUCUUACGCUUAAAAAAUAAAAAAUAAUAAACAUUAAAAUGUAAAAUCA